AUGCAACAACCACAACCAUCAACAAAUGACAAUAGUAAAUCUAUGGAUUUAGAUGAUGAAAAAAUGAUGCAAUUGGAACAAAAUAAAAUUCUUUUAUUUAAUUGUAAUGAAAUUGUUGACUUCAACAGUGGCGAUAUUAUUUUACCAACAAGAAUAACUUGUUAUUGUAGACAUCAUAAUGAAAAAGUUGGAUUCCGAAUAAAAGAUCAUACAAAUGAUGUUAUUGCAACAGGAAUGUCACCUCCAAUCAUGAUAACUGAUGAUCAUAAAUCAUCUAAAACAAAGAAUGGAAUAGCAAAAAAACGUUUAAGAACUAAGCAUGGUCGUUGUAAUAUUGUUGAUUCAAAUAAUUCAUCUAAAAAAAAAUUAAAUGAUAGACAACGUCACACACCUUCCCCUCCUCUUCCUUCUCCUACCACAACCUCAUCUUCUUCUAGCAGUAUUUAUGGGAACAGCAACAACAGUCAUAAUAAUUUAAUGAUGAGCAUUUCGCCGAUUGAAACUCAACCAGAUUCUUCACUAUUAAACAUUACUCCAAAUGAUGACUCAAAAGACAAUCUGUCGUCUUUAUCUCCAUCUCCCGAAUUAUCAAAAAACAAUAUAAAAAAACAACAAACUCCUCCUCUAGAAACCACAUCCAAUUUAAUUUUUUCACCUAUUCCUCAUGUUCCACAAAGUCUAUCUAGUCUUUCAAAUAAUGCCAAUGUAUUAUCAUUUCAUCAAUACCAUCAAAAUCACCAACAACAAUAUCCUCACCAAUUGCACAUUCAUCAACAAUUUGAUCAACCUUCUAUUAUGGAAACAUCUGCUUCUCAAUAUAACUUUGCUCCUUCAAUAAACAAUGAAAAUUUAAACAUUAUUAAUCUAGCAUCAAUAAACAGUUCUAAUUCUAUUUAUGAUCCAACACAAUUACUACAAAAUUUUGGAUGUGGUUCCACGAGAUUUAACAUUAACAAUACAAACACAGGAAAUGAUGCUGAUUCAAUAAGAUUUCACAAUUCACGUAUUCCUAAUAAUUCAAGACCUUUCUAUAACUCAAAUGGAAACUUAACUAGUGCUUCGGCUUCCAUAAACCAGAAUGGUACAAUAGCUGAAUUCCAAGUACCAAGGAUGAACAAAUUAAUUCCUUCGGAAGGUCCUGUACAUGGUGGAAUUGAAGUAACUGUUUUAGGAAGUAAUUUUUAUGAUGGUUUGACCUGUGUUUUUGGUGAAACACCUGCUUUUCAAACACAAUUUUGGUCUCCAAAUGCUUUAGUUUCUUCAAUUUUUAAUAAUUUUGAAAAAAAUAUUAUUUCCUUGAUUGAUUUAAUGGAUGUGAUUCAAACUAAUCAAAGUGAUAGUAUAUCUUCACAAGAUCGUCAACAACAUACCAUGUUACAUUUUGCUGCUAUGUUAGGUUAUCAAAAAUUAUUGUUUGUGUUGAUUGAAAGAGAAAUUGACUUGGAUGUACAAGAUGAAUAUGGCUUUACGGCUCUUCAUUAUGCUGCAUGGGCUGGAAGAAAAGAAAUAGUAAGGUCACUUUUGUCAGCUGGUGCUGAUGAUGAUAUUCUCAACUUCAAUUAUCAAAAAGCUUCGCCAAUUUCGUGGGUAGAAUCUGAAACUGCUGCAAGUUUAUCAAACAAUAAUGAUAAUGAUGAAGAAGAAGAGGGAAUCGUCGAUGCAGAAGUGGUUAGUGUGAAAAAUGAAAAACAACAUUUUUCAGAAAUGGCUACAGAUUUAGCGUCUGCAUCAACAGUUUGGCUACAAAAAACUUUUGCUCACUUGCAUAUGCCAAAUAUAAGCAAACCCUCUCAAAUAAAUAUUCAUUUACCAAACAUCAAAAUGCCAAAUCUACAAAUGCCAAAUCUUAACAACUUCUCUUCACCAAAAUUUUCAACAAUGAAUUUUAGUAAAAAUAUAUCAAUCCCACGACCAUCUAUGCCAUCAAUGCCAUCUUUGAAUGUCAACUUAGAAUUUCCAACCGUUACUUUUCAAACCUUUAUUCCGCCUAGUUUUGUUGGAGGUUUCACUAGAAAUUAUGAAAAGAGUAUAGAAACUACACUCGAUGGUGAUGCUAGUGGUAGUGGAAGUUGUAAAAGAUUGGUUAAUGAUACUAAAAAUAUUGAUUCUAAUUUCUGGAAUAAUGCAAGUAACAUAUGGAAUAGACCAGAAGGUAAUUCACAACAACCAUCAUCGCCAAAAUGUAUUGGACAAGAUACUACGGGAUUUUCAAGAAUUGCCAAUAUGUUGCCAAUAAAUUUUACCCAAAACCCAGAGGAGGAUCACCCAACUUCUACUCACAUCAGUAUUUAUCGUAAGUUUGGUUAUGAACCUAAUAAUUUAAAUGAAGAUCAACUUGCACGCCUAGAUUAUCAUAGCCAAAAAGUCAAAAAAUUAAAACAAGAUAAAAUGCUAUACUUAUUUUGGCUACCAACUACCGGAACAUUCGAUAAUAUUUCUCUACGAAUUCUGGGAAUUGUUUCAGUAAAAAGUAGUGCAGUGAUUCCAAGUGUAGUCCCAAACCCAAUAGCUCAAAAUUUACCAUCGUCUAAACCUUUCUGGAAUCUUCCUAAUGGUUUUUCUUUUGCAACAGAAGAUGCAAAAAAUCAAGAAGGAAAACUAGAUAAAAGAACAGAUGAAACAAAAAAGGAUGAAAUUAUCAAUAUUGGUGGUAUUGGAAUUUUUCCUGCCGGGUUACCAGAUGGACUUGGAUUAGUUGGUCAAAAAAAAAUUGAAGAUGAAAAAAAAAUCCCAGAAAAAGAAAGAUUUACUACUCCAUUUUUAACAAAAUAUGAAAAGGCUAGAAUAUUAGGAACUAGAGCUUUACAAAUUAGUAUGAAUGCACCAAUUCUUGUUGAUCGAGGUAAUGAAACAGAUCCACUUGAAAUUGCUAGAAAGGAACUUAGCCAAAAAAAGAUUCCAUUAAUGAUUCGAAGGUUUUUGCCUGAUGGAAGUUAUGAAGAUUGGCAUCUUAAUGAGUUGGCAAUAUAG